GGGAGGGGGAAAUCGCUGAGUCGGGCGUGGCAGUCAGCCAAUCUUUCUUGUUAUCUCUGGGUAAAUGAAAGCUGACAGCUAGACUACCUUUCUUGCAGCGUCCACAGACAAUUUCCGUCGAUUUGCUGGGUGUAAAAACGUUGAAUUGCGCCUCGAUCCUCGCUGAGGAAAUAUCUUACCGGACGAACGGCACGACACUCCGUUUAAGGACGACAGACAGACAACGCUCAUCAUCGCGAAAUAUAGGCGCAGGCAGCAUGUCCACCCCCACAGUCUCAGAGUUGAAAGAGCUGAACCCAGUUGACUUCAUCCAGCUACAGCAGUACAUUGACUACUGCAGGCUGAGGGUUAAAGAUGUGCUGAGGGAAUUUGAUGCAGAUGGCAGGCUGGCCCAGCACAGACAUGGAGAGUGUAUCAAUGAGGAAGGCUUCCGUCUCUUCCUGAAGACCUAUUUGGAGGUUGAGGACUUCCCUAAGGAUCUCUGCCAGCGCCUGUUCCGAUCCUUCCAGAGCGGAACCGAACUGGACGGGCAGGACAACGCCAAAGAGGUCUUUCUGAAGGACGUUUCGUGUUACUUCUCUCUGUUGGAGGAUGGCCAGCCCAGAGACAAGCUGGAGUUUGCUUUCAAACUGUAUGACAGAGAUGGCAAUGGAGUCCUUGACAGCUCUGAGGUGGACCGGAUCAUUGCUCAGAUGAUGCACGCUGCAGAUUACCUGGACUGGGAUGUGUCUGAGCUGAGACCAGUGCUGAAGGACAUGAUGACAGCCAUCGACGCAGACAGCAGUAACACGGUCUCUCUGGAUGAGUGGGUGGAAGGCGGAAUGAACAACGUCCCUCUGCUGGUAUUACUUGGGCUGAAGAUGACUCAGAAGGAUGGGCAGCACCUAUGGAGGAUGAAAAAUUACAACAAGCCUGUCUACUGCAACGUGUGUCAGAGCAUGCUGCUAGGACUGAGGAAACAGGGGCUUUGCUGCACCUGUUGUAAAUACACGGUCCAUGGACGCUGUGCCAACAGAAACCCAGCUCCCUGUACCAGGACCUAUGUCAAGUCUAAGAAAGACACGGGAGUUCCAACCCAUGACUGGGUCAGUGGGAACUGUGACUCUGGGAAGUGUGACAAGUGUCAGAAGAAGAUCAAGAGUUAUCACGGGCUGACGGGCAAACACUGUGUCUGGUGCCACUCCAUGCGCCAUGAUGACUGUGCCUCCCAGGAGCCCUCCGACUGUAACUGUGGAACUCUCAGAGACCAUAUCCUCCCCCCUUGGGCCAUCUACCCUGUUAUGAAGGAGAAGCCUAACAGCAUGAAGAACGGCUCCUCGAGCUCAGCCGGCGACAGUGACCACAACACCACUCCUGACGGAAAGGUGCUUCAGAUUGAUCCGGUCCCAGACACUCAUCCUCUUUUAGUGUUUGUGAACCCUAAAAGUGGAGGCAAGCAGGGAGAAAGAGUUCUGCGUAAAUUCCAGUAUUUGCUGAAUCCACGGCAGGUGUAUAACCUAUCCAAUGGUGGACCUGGACCAGGGCUGUGCUUCUUCAGAAAUCUGAAGGAUUACAGGAUAUUGGUUUGCGGAGGGGACGGCACUGUGGGCUGGAUACUUGAUGCCAUAGAAAAAAACAAUCUUCAAGUGCGGCCACCUGUGGCUGUGUUACCCCUGGGCACAGGAAAUGACCUUGCACGUUGUCUUAGAUGGGGAGGAGGUUAUGAUGGGACGGAUCUGUGUCGGAUCCUGAAGGAGAUUGAGGGCAGCACCCCGGUGCUGAUGGACCGCUGGAAUGUAGAGGUGAUCCUAGAGGACCCCCAGGAGAUGGGUGACCCUGUGCCUUAUGAGAUCAUCAACAACUACUUCUCCAUCGGAGUGGAUGCCUCUAUUGCCCACCGGUUUCAUACGCUGAGAGAGAAACACCCCCAGAAAUUUAAUAGCAGAAUGAAGAACAAGUUGUGGUAUUUUGAGUUUGCCACCUCUGAGACCAUCUCUGCUUCAUGCAAGAAACUGAAUGAAUGUCUUACAAUUGAGUGCUGCGGCACACCAUUGGACCUGAGUGGCCUUUCUAUGGAGGGGAUCGCAGUCCUCAACAUUCCCAGCAUGCACGGUGGAUCCAACCUGUGGGGAGAAGCCAAGAAGGGUGAAUCCAAGUCCUUGAUGAAUCCUCAGGAAAUGCCGGAGGUUAUUGUCGACCCUGAAAUCCUGAAAGUCAGUGGACAAGACCUCAGUGACCUGCGUUUGGAAGUGGUUGGUCUAGAAGGGGCCAUGGAGAUGGGGCAGAUAUAUACUGGACUUAAGAGUGCUAUAAGACUAGCAAAAACCUCACAGAUUACAAUCAGGACUAAGAAACCUUUACCAAUGCAGAUAGACGGAGAGCCCUGGAUGCAGCCACCCUGUACGAUUCACAUCACACACAAGAACCAGGCCAGUAUGCUGAUGGGUCCCCAGAGCCGGUCCAGCUUCUUCAGCUCAAAGUAGAAGCCUGCUCCCUGGCUACACGCAGUAACAUGACCUAUAUGCACUUGCUUAUUAUUUUACAUUUGUGAAAUGACUGAAGCAGCUUGGUUUGUGAAACCAGUUGGUAUAUGCCUAUUUUAGAGAAAUAGGUUGACCAACAUUUUAAGAAAGUUCAACACAUAUUAUUUAGUUUGUUCUGCCUCAAUACAAGAUGAUAUUAUGAAAACAUUGCCAACUACAGCUGUAUGAUAGCCUUUUAUAUUACUCUGGACAACAAGUUAAGAGCUUUUAGUGGGUUUUAUGUGCCUUUUCCAUCAUUUUUUGCCAAAUUCACCUUAUGCGUUAUCAAGGGGACAAAGACUGCUGGGUUGCACAGUCUAAGAUAUUGGUAUCCGCUUGAAAAGUUUGAGUUAAAUGUUUAUUCAACAAAAUUAUUUUAACUGCAUUUAACUUCAUUGUUAUGACAUUUUUGUAGGAUAAUUUAAAUGUAUACGGUACCAGUCAAAAGUUUGGACACACUCAUUCAAGGGUUUUUCUUUAUUUUUACUAUUUUCUACAUUGUAGAAUAAUAGUGAAGACAUCAAAACUAUGAAAUAACACAUGGAAUCAUGUAGUAACCAAAAAAAGUGUUAAAUCAAAAUACAUUUUAGAUUCUUCAAAGUAGCCACGCUUUGCCUUGAUGACAGCUUUGAAUUAACUCAACCAGCUUCAUGAGGUAGUCACCUAGAAGGCUUUUCCAACAGUCUUGAAGGAGUUCCCACAUAUGCUGAGCACUUGUUGGCUGCUUUUCCUUCACUCUGCAGUCCAACUCAUCCCAAACCAUCUCAAUUGGGUUGAGGUUGGGUGAUUGUGGAGGCCAGGUCAUCUGAUGCAGCACUCUUGUUCUUGUCAAAUAGCCCUUACACAACCUGAAGGUGUGUUGGGUCAUUGUCCUGUUGAAAAGCAAAUGAUAGUCCCACUAAGCGUAAACCAGAUGGGAUGGUGUAUCGCUACAGAAUGCUGUGGUAGCCAUGCUGGUUAAGUGUGCCUUGAAUUCUAAAUAAAUCACAGACAGUGUUUUUUAUUUUUACCAGGUAGGCAUGUUGAGAACAAAUUCUCAUUUACAACUGUGACCUGGCCAAGAUAAAGCAGAGCAGUGUGACUGUCACGAAUAUUUGUAGAGAUGGACCAAGGCGCAGCGGAUGUUGAGUUCCACAUAAUUUAUUAUAAAGUGUAACUUAGCAAAACAAUAACACAAACAACAAACCAUGACUACAGAGAUGCUACGUGCACUUACUCAAAACAAUAUCCCAUAAAACACAGGUGGGAAAAAUGCUACUUAAAUAUGAUCCCCAUUUAGAGACAACGAUUAACAGCUGCCUCUAAUUGGGAAUCAUACCAAUCACCAACAUAGAAAACAAAACUAGAACCCCACAUAGAAAAUAUAAACUAAACUAACCCCCCAGUCACGCCCUGACCUACUUUACCAUAGAAAAUAAGGGCUCUCUAUGGUCAGGACGUGACAGUGACACAGACAACAACAACAGAGUUACACAUGGAGUAAACAAUAAACAAGCCAGUAACACAAUAAACAAGUCAAUGGCACAGUAGAAAAAAAAGAGUCUAUAUACAGUGUGUCACACCCUGACCAUAGUUUGCUUUGUAUGUUUCUAUGUUUUGUUUGGUCAGGGUGUGAUCUGAGAGGGCAUUCUAUGUUGGAUGUCUAGUUUGUCUGUUUCUGUGUUUGGGCCUGAUAUGGUUCUCAAUCAGAGGCAGGUGUUAGUCAUUGUCUCUGAUUGGGAACCAUAUUUAGGUAGCCUGUUUUGUGUUGGGUUUUGUGGGUGGUUGUUUCCUGUCUUUGUGUUUGUUGCACCAGAUAGGGCUGGUUCGGUUUUGCUACGUUUAUUAUUUUGUAUUAUGUUCAUGUUGAGUUUACCUAUUAAAAAACAUGAACUAUAACCACGCUGCAUUUUGGUCUGCCUCUCCUUCCCAGGAGGAAAGCCGUUACACAGUGUGUGCAAAAGGCAUGAGGAGGUAGGCAAGAAAUAGGUCAAAGGAGCGAAUAAUUACAAUUUAGCAGAUUAACACUGGAGUGAUAAAUGAGCAGAUGAUGAUGUGCAAGUGGAGAUACUGGUGUGCAUAAUGGCAGAAAAGUACAUCAAAUAAAAACAGUAUGGGGAUGAGGUAGGUAGAUUAGGUGGGCUAUUUACAGAUGGACUAUGUGUCACCAGCAAAGCACCAUCACACCUCCGCCAUGCUUCACGGUGGGAACCACACAUGCGGAGAUCAUCCGUUAACCUACUCUGCGUCUCACAAAGACAUGGUGGUCGGAACCAAAGAUCGCAGAUUUGGACUCAUCAGACCAAAGGACAGAUAUCCACCGGUCUAAUGUUUCUUGGCCCAAGCAAGUCUCUUCUUUUUAUUGGUGUCCUUUAGCAGGGGGUUUAUUUGCAGCAAUUUGACCAGGAUGAACUGAUUCACACAGUCUCCUCUGAACAGUUGAUGUUGAGAUGUGUCUUGAACUUGAACUCUGUGGUGCAAUCGGAGGUGGAGUUAAUUGCCGAUUUCUGAGGCUGGUAACUCAAAUGAACUUAUCCUCUGCAGCAGAGGUAACUCUGGGUCUUCCUUUGCUGUGGCGGUCCUCAGACAGUUUCAUUAUAGCAUUUUAUGUUUUUUGUGACUGCACUUGAAGAAACUUUCAAAGUUCUUAAUUUUCCGUAUUGACUGACCUUCAUGUCUUAAAGUAAUGAUGGACUGUCUUUUCUCUUUGCUUAUUUGAGCUCUUCUUGUCAUAAUAUGGACUUGGUCUUUUACCAAAUAGGGCUUGGUCUUUUACCAAAUAGGGCUAUCUUCUGUAUACCACCCCUACCUUGUCACAACACAACUGAUUUGGCUCAAACAUAUUUAAGAAGGAAAAAAUUCCACACAUUCACUUUUAAAAAGGCACACCUGUUAAUUGAAAUACAUUACAGGUGACUACCUCAUGAAGCUGGUUGAGAGAAUGCCAAGAGUGUGAAAAGCUGUCAUCAAGGCAAAGGGUGGCUACUUUUAUUUAUUUUUUGUUAUUUCAUAGCGUUGAUGUCUUCACUAUUAUUCUAUAAUGUAAAAUAUAAAGAAAACCCUUAAAUGAGUAGGUUUGUCCAAACUUUUGACUGGUACUGUAUCAAAUUUGGUAAUUGAAAGUCUAAAAUUGUCCAGGAUUUGUUAAGUUAUGAAAUGUUUAAAAGCUCAGUGCAUAAUGCUUGUGGUAAUAUACCCACAUCAGUGCAGAUUUAUAUGAAAUUAGUAUGCACUCUUGUCAGCAAGAAACUCUUUGCUCCUAUGUCCUGUGGCCAAGCGUAAUUUAAUUGUUUUAAUAGCAGUAGUUUAAUUCAGUAGUUUUAAUAUAUUGAGUGACCGUUUGGAAUCGAAAACAAAUUGUUUUACUUCCUCCUCUCAAUUUAAGGUCUCAGUUUUCUCUUAUUCUGUAUCUCUAAUUGAAGGUUAGCCAUAUCAUUUCACUUAAAUACUGAGAAUGUUGAAAAUAUUGGAAAUGAUGCUAUAGAUAUUUCAAUAAACCGAUUUGACAUUGUG